AUGUCUGAAAAAAUUCGGGAGCUCGAAAGGCAGCUGCAGCAAGCAAAGGCACGGGAGGAGGAAGCAAGGGCACGGGAGGAGGAAGCGAGGGCACGGGAGGAGGAAGCGAGGGCACGGGAGGAGGAAGCGAGGGCACGGGAGGAGAACGAACGACGCGAAAAGGAGAAAGAGAAACUCAAAAACCAAAAGACGACUUUGGCAGAGUACUUGCAUAACUGUCACUUCGACAUUUACCAAAAACUCAGGCUCGCUGGCGCUUCGGAGAGCUCUACUGGCCUCGCAACCUCGGUCGACGGCAAGUACUAUCCCAAGUGGCUUCGCCCUUGGACAGAAUUUAGUGCCAAUCAUCGACAGGAACACUUCAACGAUAUUAUCCGCGUCUGCGAACUUUAA